AUUGGGAUUGGAAUUGGUGGGUUACGUAUUAUUUUACAUAUCAUUCGACACAGGUCUGUACAUUUGAUUGCAUCAGCAGCUGGGCAUGGCGUUUUUUCUUUGUUCUUUGACUUUUUCUUUCAUAUGACGACAUGGGAGGACACACCUUUUAUUGUUCUCUUGAUCUCCGGCAUAUUCUGCCAUGUUUUUUCUUCUUGUUUAUUGUUUACUACCACCACACCCCUAACAAAUGGGUUGUCGCAUCAUCUCCUGAGCGAAGUAGAGUUGUCUCAUUACUUGUCAUCUUUCCUUUUCAUACAAAGCACAGAGCGAAUUACGAUUCGCGGCGGCACGUUGUCUCCUAUUUAGUUUUCAAUCUGUUGCAGGAACCGAGGGCUUCUAUGCAAGGUGGACAGGGACAGAUAUACGCUUUUGCAUACCUUGAUCAAAUUCAGGAGGAAGGGGAAAAAGACCCCCAGCAGGAUAAUAGUCAUCCACAUACAGAGUCUUGACAUUGAUAUGAUUAGAUAGAUAGUAGGGGUAGUUCCCGAGAAAAAAAUAUGAAGAA